CAUGUGGAUUUUUUUCCCUAAUUGGCAGGUUAAUGUUCGAGUUGCCUGAGGAGAUGGGUUUAAUAGCAGUUGCUGUUCGACAAACACAAGGCAAAGGUCGUGGUGGAAACGUUUGGCUCAGCCCCGUGGGCUGUGCUCUCUCCACCUUACACAUCACCAUUCCUCUGCAUUCCAACCUAGGCCAGAGAAUUCCUUUCAUCCAGCACCUGGUGUCUCUGGCAGUGGUAGAGUCAGUCAGAUCAAUACCAGAAUAUGAGGGUAUUGAGCUGCGAGUGAAAUGGCCAAAUGACAUUUACUACAAUGAUCUCAUGAAGCUUGGUGGAGUUCUGGUAAACUCAACACUUAUUGAAACAACAUUUCAUAUACUUAUUGGCUUUGGGUUUAAUGUGAAUAACAGCAACCCCACCAUAUGCAUCAAUGAUCUCAUUGCAAAGUUUAAUAAGGAAGAGGGGACAAAGCUGAAGCCUUUGACUGCAGACUGUCUUAUUGCAAGGACUGUAACUGUGCUGGAGAGGCUGAUAGAGAUUUUCCAGGAGAAAGGGCCCAAUGGAGUUCUUCCUCGUUACUACAAGUACUGGGUACACAGUGGGAAGCAGGUCCGACUGCGCAGUGAGGAGGGCCCAAUGGCUUGGAUCGUCGGGGUAGAUGAUUAUGGAUUCCUACAAGUUCACGAAGAUGGCAAAGGGGUCGAGUCUGUGCACCCAGAUGGCAACUCUUUUGACAUGCUGAGGAACCUCAUAGUCCCAAAGCAGUAA